AUGUUCCUCGUUCUUGUAGCUACCGAGGAGCUGAAGGAAUUCUUUGCCAAGGCGCGGGAUGGCUCCGUACGGCUAAUCAAAGUCGUCAUUGAGGAUGAGCAGCUCACGCUGGGUGCGUCGCGGGAGCCGGGGGGCAGCUGGGACCAGGACUACGACAGGGCUGUGCUGCCGCUCCUGGACGCCCAGCAGCCCUGCUACCUGCUCUACCGCCUGGACUCCAAGAACGCCCAGGGCUUCGAGUGGCUCUUCCUCGCCUGGUCGCCUGACAAUUCCCCCGUGCGGCUGAAGAUGCUGUAUGCAGCCACACGGGCCACGGUGAAAAAGGAGUUUGGGGGCGGCCACGUGAAGGAUGAGCUCUUCGGGACUGUGAAGGACGACCUGUCCUUUGCUGGGUACCAGAAGCACCUGUCGUCCUGUGCGGCGCCUGCCCCGCUGACCUCGGCCGAGAGAGAGCUGCAGCAGAUCCGGAUCAAUGAGGUGAAGACAGAGAUCAGCGUGGAGAGCAAGCACCAGACGCUGCAGGGCCUUGCCUUCCCCCUGCAGCCAGAGGCCCAGCGGGCGCUGCAGCAGCUCAAGCAGAAGACAGUCAACUACAUCCAGCUGAAGCUGGACCUGGAGCGGGAGACGAUAGAGCUGGUGCACACCGAGCCCACGGACGUGGCCCAGCUGCCCUCGCGGGUGCCUCGGGAGGCCGCCCGCUACCACUUCUUCAUCUACAGGCACACCCAUGAGGGCGACCCGCUCGAGUCUGUGGUGUUCAUCUACUCGAUGCCAGGGUACAAGUGCAGCAUCAAGGAGCGUAUGCUCUACUCCAGCUGCAAGAGCCGCCUCCUCGACUCCGUGGAGCAGGACUUCCAGCUGGAGAUCGCCAAGAAGAUCGAGAUCGGUGACGGGGCCGAGCUGACGGCCGAGUUCCUCUAUGACGAGGUACACCCCAAGCAGCACGCCUUCAAGCAGGCCUUUGCCAAGCCCAAGGGCCCCGGCGGCAAGCGGGGCCACAAGCGCCUCAUUCGAGGCCCCGGCGAGAACGGGGAGGACAGCUAGGAGGCGGCGCCGGAGCCGUGCUGGCGUGUGGACUGUAGGGCCGCCCGCCUCCCGCUCCCUGUCACCUCCCUCCUUCCCAGCCUGGGCUCCGGGGCAGGGUCACCUCUGCUGGGGCAGGAGGGCUGGUCAUCGGUUGCUCCUGCAGCUUCCAGGGCCACUGGGCUGGCAUUUGUGACCCUCCCCCACUGCUCUCCCUGCCUCCCAUCCAUGUGCCCAGGGUGUCUAGGGACCCUGCUUGCAGUCCCGAGGCCCUGGCAUGAACUUGGCCUCCAAGGGAACUGAGACUAAGGGUCCCAGCACAGCCCAGAAGCCUUUGGCCACAAGGGGUAGGGUCACGGCAGGAAGAGAUGGUUGAAUGCUGUAUUUUUUAAAGAAUAAAAUAUUUUUAAAUCAA